CUGAUUUCAGUUUCUUUAGUUUUUCAUUCUAUCUUCUGUUUCUGUUCUUUAGUGUUUUUGAUUAGUAAUAAAAGAAGAAAGAGUGAAGAGUUGAAUCUUUUAAUGCUCCAAUCAUCAUAUUUAUCUGCGGCGUCAUGAUUGAAAUCCAAUUUUGAAUCACAUUAGUUCAGAUUAACAACACAAAUAUCUCUUAUCAGUGAGUGUCUGCAUAGAGAAAUUUAAUUGAUUUUGUUUCUUGAUUUUCAGCUGGGAAGUGUUUAGGGAGCUCAGAAAACUGGCUUUUAGAAGGAUUGUAUAUAUCGUGAGCAAAUUUUAUUAGGUUUGAAGAUGAUGGGAUCUGUUUUUACCAGAUUACUUGUGAUGCUUUUUGGAUAUGCAUAUCCAGCUUUUGAGUGCUUUAAAGCUGUGGAGAAGAAUAAGAUGGAUACUGAACAACUUCGCUUUUGGUGUCAAUACUGGAUUUUAGCUGCCAUGUUGACAGUAUCUGAAAGGGUUAUGGACGUUUUUAUUUCCUGGGUUCCGAUGUAUUUUGAAGCUAAGUUGGCGUUCUUCAUAUACUUGUGGUAUCCAAAAACAAAGGGAACAACAUAUGUUUACGAAUCUUUUUUUCGUCCAUGUCUUGCAAAGCAUGAGACAGAAAUUGAUCGUAGCAUACUGGAAUUGAGGGCUAGGUUUACAGACAUUACACUUCUGUAUGUCCAAAAGGCUACCAGCUAUGGUCAGAGGAGGGCUAUUGAGAUUAUGCAGUGUGUUGCUGCACAGACUGUGCUAAAGCCUAAACCUACUCAGGAGCAGAGUGGUGCAGUCACCAAACAAUCUUCUACACUUGCACAAAAUCUUCAAUCAGUUGCUACUGCGGAGGACAAGCCUCAUAAACAACCUUCCACUAUCACCCAGAAUCUUCAUCCAGCUGCUACUCCUGAGGACAAGCUCCAGAAGCAACUUUUGCAAACAACAAGUAGUAAAAAUGAAGUAGGAAUUGUUCCAGCACAGAUGUCAUCGGCACUUCCAAAACUUCCAGAACCCACUUCGGCAGAGGAUCUUCUAGAAAAGCUUGAGCAGUCACCCUUGCGUACCAAAAGCUCACCUGCUCAAAUGACAAUUUCCCCGAAGUUCACUGAAGAAGUUACCAGCCAGUUCAAAGAAAAUGAAGCAAAAGAAAAUCAGGAUGCACGUGUUAGGUUGCGGAGAUUCCGUUCCUCGGUAUACCACUAGAUUUUUUAUUUCCUUGAUUUAAUAGCGUGUAAGUAUGAGAGAUUCAGUCAUUGUAGUUUUGUAGGUAGGUAAAUAAAGAUGAAUAGACGAUUUGGGUUAUCCGAUUCUUUUCCAGUUACAUCCUCUCAAGAAGCCUAUAGUAGUAUAGUGUUACUAUAGAUUGAGUUAGCCGGUUAGGACGUCAUUAGGUUUAUUCUAGAAUAUAAAAUUUUGUUAUUCAGCGAAGUAAUUUAGUAAUUGGAAACUUUGUUUCAAAAAUACACUAA